GUGCCCUUAAAUUUGGAAUAAUUCUACGGCCUCAACCUGGCACGGGCGCUCAAGUGGUCUGUAGAGUUGUGACCGAGUUGUUCUGGGGAAACAUGUCGGAACAUGGCGAGGUGGUGGAAGAGGGUGCAAGUGACAUAGCUGAGAAGAACGGCCACACCCAAGACAAGGAGGAGUCGCCGCCAAAGUUGCCCAAGCCCAAGAUGCCCAAGCCCCGAGUGGCUCGGCCCAAGGCCCUUGGACGGAAGUCAUCCAGAGGAGAUAUCACAGAAGGUUUUGAUUUUGAGGACCAGUACAGUCAACUGGAGAAGCACACAGAAAAGGGCAUUGAGCAUCUCGAUAAAUAUUGCCACUUUGUCAAGGAGCGACAACGAAUUGAGUCUGAGUACGCCACAUCCCUCAAGAGACUCAUCAAGAACUACCAACCAAAGAAAAAAGAAAGUGAAGAUGUCACAUUCUCCACGGUCACAUCCUUCCGCAACAUCCUGACAGAGCUGCAGGGCAUCGCCAACCAGCACGACCUGAUUGCCGAGGGGCUGAUGACCCGGGUCACCAAGGAGGUGCAGGCGGCCAUCGCUGAGUUCAAGGCAGAACGCAAGAAGCUGCUGCAGGAUGCGCGGGCCAAGGAGGCGGCUAAGGACCGCUCCAUCAAGAAGAUGGAUCAGUCAAGAGAGACGUACAGACAGGCCUACAAUGCAUUCAUCACUGCCAAGCAGCAGUUUGAGAAGGUGGACAGUGACCUUUCGCAGAGCCGGGCACAAGUGUCAAAGAGCAAGAACAACAUGAUGCAGAAGGACCAACAUCGGGAGGACUGCAAGAACGAGUACAUACUGCAGCUGACCCAGACAAACAAGGACCAGCAUGAGCACUACUACACCGAACUACCCGGCGUCUUUAAAAAAAUCCAAGAGAUGGACGAGAGAAGGAUAAUGAAGACCAGUGACUUCUACAAGGUGUAUGCUGAGUGCCACCGUAGCGUACUGCCCAUCAUCGGCAAGUGUCUGGACUGCAUCACCCAGGAAGCUGAAAGCGUCAACCCGGAGGAGGACUCGAGAAAGGUCACAAUAAAGUACAAGUCCGGCCUGGUCCCCCCAGACGACUUCCAAAUGCUGGACCUGGACGAACCAGCGAAGGAGGAGCCAGAGAAAGAGGCGGAUGCCGUGUCGGGCAACGGCGUGCCUGCCGGAAACAGCUCGGGCACCGUUACGGGAAGGAACAAGAAGGCCAAGAAGGGGCUGCGAUCCAUCUGGUCGAAGGAUGACGAUGGGGUAGGGCGCAGCAGUAUACGCAGGUUAAAAAUCCCGCACACGCCCUCAUUUAGGCGGAAGCCGGAACCGGUAGAAGACUUCAGCCAUUUGCAGCCCGCCCAGCAGCGUCGAGAACUCCAAAAGAAAAUCGACGAGCUGCAAGGUCAAGUGGACCAGGAAAUCAAGUCCAAGGAAGCGUUGCUGAAGAUGAGGGAGGUGUACACCAAAAACCCCACUCUGGGCGACCCAGCCACCGUGGAGAGCCAGCUGGCCCUCAUCGGGAAGAAGGUGGAUACGUUACGGCUGGAGCUGCAGAAGUACCAAAAGUACAUGGGCUAUUCAGCGUAUAGCAAUAAAGUGAGUAACUCACUACCGUCAGAUAGUAACUACAAGGCUGUGGCUGAGGGCAAAUCGAUGACACCGCAGGGCACACCGCAGGGUACACCCCAGGGCACGCCGCAUGGCACACCCCACAGCACGCCCAUAGCCGACAGGGCGGUCAGCACCAAGGCAGCCUCCAACCUCAGCCUGGGGGAAGCCGGUUACGAGGAGCAACAGCAGGCACCGGAGUCUAACCAGUCCAGCCCCUCCAGGGAGCCCCCACAGAACAGUGACACCACGGACGUCGCCUUGUCUCCCGGUGAAAGUGUUACAAGUCCGGUCUCUUCCAGGCAAGAGAGCUUCUACGAAGGCGUGGAGGACGACUUUGAAGAUCUCCCUCAAGUCAAAGCUAAAUUUCCAUUUCACAGUGAGGAUGAGAACUCGUUGAGCAUCGAGGUGGGCAACGUGCUGGAGGUGGUGGAGGAGGACACCGGUGACGGCUGGACCCGCGUCCGGCGGGGAGAUGAGGAGGGCUUCGUGCCAACCUCCUACCUGGACUUUGAGUCAUGACGGCAGAGUGGGCCCGCCACCUCGUAAAGAACCCCUUCGCAUCUGGCCAUCAAGAUUCAACGGGCUUGGCCGUGGCACUCGUCACAGGGACGCCGGUUCUCGGGCAAAAAACCCCUGAUUUAGGGAUCUUUCAUACAAAACGUCAGGUUAGUCUCAUGCCUCAACAAGGUACGAUUCAGACCCCUCUGGCCAUAUUUUCAGGCUCAGCAGAAGAACUCGCUUGCAUCCCAGUUGUAAACCAUCAAAUGUUACUAUGGACGUGCCAUCCAGCAGUGAACACUACGUUAGUUGAGUCCAUUGGGCUUUGUUUUGCUGUCUUUUGGAAACCUUUAUACGCGUACGCUGGUAUGAGUGCGCAGACAGGUAACAAGUUGAUGUGCUAUACUGGUAUACUUCCAUUGAUGUGAACACAGGUUUGAGUACGGAAACACAAAAAUAUACAGCAGUUUGACUUCUGUAACAGUAGAUUUGAGUUGCAGGUUUUUGAUAAUCACAGUACAAAGAUAGCUGGAAAAUAAAGACUUAUGUGGGAGAGCAGUUCAGAACCCAAAAGUACUGAUAGAAAUCUUCUGACUGAGGUGCAACUUUUGUUUGCCCGUAUAAUGCUGCAUCCUCCAUAAGUUUACAGCUUGUAACCUCGACGGAGCAAAACGACUAACCUGUUGAAAAACUGAGGCGUGGCCUGCCACAGCAAAAUCUCUCGUUCUAACCGGAAUGGUCCCGUUAAGCCUGACGGUCAGAUGCAAACAGAUUAAAUACAUUUUUUGGGGGGAGGGGGAACGGUGCACUUGUUUGUGUCAAAUGGCAGGUGGAUUUGAUUUAUAUGUGCUUUGUAUGCCUGUGGUAAGUUUCAAGAUGAAACCCAACACGUAAUUGUUUUAGCUUGCUACUACGAGCUGAAAAAAAAGGCAUAAUGGUCAUUGUACCUUUCCGAAUGUGUAUGGAACGCAUACACAAUUUUGUAAACUUAAAAAAAACAAAAACGAAUUCUUCAGUGUAGUUUUCUUCAUUGUUCCAUUCGAACUUAUGUGGGCAUUUCAGUAACACAUUUGUGCUUGUUGUUAAGCUUGUUUUGUUUUGCUUUUUUUUUUUUGUUGCUCCAUUAUAAAUUGUGUAAACAUUUUAUACUUGUAAAGAAAAAAAUUGGAUUAACCAAAUGAAUCCAGAAAAUGAAAUGUUCAAGGCAGCCUUUUAAUUGUAAUUAUAUUUUUAUUUUUAUAGUCUCGAUCUCAAAUUUGAGAAGAAAAGAAUUAUUGCAACUGAUAAUCCCACGACACUAGAUUGAAGAAAAACACAAUAAAAGCAUUUACAAAGGCAUCCAAGUUGCAAUUUCUUUCAUACAUUUGAGCAGUGUCUCCCUGAUUCAGUUUAAUAACCCUACAAGUGAACACAGGUGAAGAUUUCCAGUAAACCCGUGUCUUUUGUGAGAGUAAUCGUAAUGAUCGUCUGACUCCAGACUCCAGUGGUGCCCUGUGGCUGUGCACAUAACUGGGUACCGGUACUUGUCUAUGUUAAUUAUCCAUGUUUUGUAUCUAUGCAGGUUUUGCCUUGUAAACUAAUACCAUUAGAAGCAAGAACAUAGGUUAGAUGCAGGAAACAUUUCAACGCUGUAUAAAACGGAAAAAAAUUUCUUUUCAUUUCCCCUUAAUCAUGGCUAACAAGAUAAAUAGUAAAUAAUGGCUAACAACACAUUUCUUUUAUUGAGAAUUACAUGCAGGACUCAACAUUUGUUUGUGAACUCCGUCAGAAAAAAAUUUAUUUCUGUGAAUAUUGAAAAUUACAUGUGUCCGUAUCAAGUCGAUGGGUGCUUGGAAUUGAACAUGUACGUAGCCGCUGCAAGAAAGACUAGCCUGUUUGCGGCAAACGUGUCUGCAGUGGCUGAAGAAAGCGGCUUCCAUAUAUUAGGGCUAUGUCUACCUUGACAGCUGAAUUAUUCCAUCAGCCUGAUACUCUUCUCAAGGCGUUUUUGCUUGAGAACUUCUGAAUUCCUCGGAAUCCACUGUUUGUGCAGCAGGGCCAGAUUAUCCUGAAUUUGAUGUCUACGAAAAACUUUAAGGGCCUACCAGAAUACCGUACUGUGCCAUAAAACACACCUUCAAAGAGGCUCAUGUACACAGCAGAUAUUUGUUAGAAAUCGGAGCCUCUCUCUUUCUCUCUCUGAACUGUUGAAUGUUGGGAAACGUAAACCAGCUGGUGCACAUACCUGAAGACAGCUUAAUAUAUCAACAUAAAGUACGAGGCUCUAAUACCAGUGCUGUGAAAUUGCUCCUGGUGCUUAGAGCCAAGAAAGCACUUAAUCUGGCUAUACUGUUAAGAAUCCUCUGAACAUAUUCUCUGUGCUUGGCACUUCUGAGGGGCAUCAAGCCCCACGUAAAGUUUUUACUGGCUUGUUUCUGCCUUUCUCAAUCCUACCAAUUCCAUCAAAUCCCCUCUGGUGGAUGUUGAAGGAACUGGAAGGGUUGGGGUAAUGAUAUGGAAUGAUUUGACCUCAGCAAGUGUUGGAGAUUUCUCAUUCAUUGAAAGGAAAAAAAAAUGAUCAGUAUUUACGUCGCAACUUACAGAAAGAUUAAAAUCCUUUAGCAUUGAAAGGGAACUGUAUAUAAAUCCUAUAUGUCUGUAUUAUAUUUAAGGAUGGUGUUUAUCAUGAUCAAAUGUAAUAAUCUAGUACUUACAAGGAGAGAAAUGUGCUCCCAAGUAUUAGUGAUAAUGACAUACACUUGGCCUUCCACCUUCUGGUGCAUGGUAUCUAGCCAGAGCACACUGCACCUCAUCCAGUUUAGAUCCCAUCCACUUGGAGCAUCAGCUCGCAUGUGCUUUACAACUUGCAGAUACAUGUAUGUGAUUAUACAGUGUUCAUGUUCUGAUUGCUGCUCACUCAAAACUCACAGCAGUUUCCACUCGUGGUGCUCGGGCAGGAUAUUUCUAUAAGAAGAAUUCUUUGAGGAUUUUGCUUUUUCAUGCGGGGUGUCAGUUAAUUCGCGUAUGCUUGGAAUUCUGUACGCACUACAUGCAUGUAUUAUAUCAAUGGUGGUGUUUGUGCUAUGGUUUGUAAUAGCUCUGUGUUAAAUAGCUCUGACAAAUGCACAUUCUUGAUCUUUUUACCCUUAACCAAAAUUGCGUUGAUAAUUGUACUAUGCCCCAUAUCUAAUCACUAAACUGGCAUGCUGGUUUACAUAUAAACUGUAUAGUAUUUCAAGUUUUAAGUUCGGUAUGUUGGGUAAGUAAUAGUGAUUAAUUUAUGGCAGUCAUUUUUGGCAGGUCAGCUUACCUCAUGUAACGUUUGGUUCAUCCACAAAAUUAAGACUGGAUUGAAUAUUAAGUCAGAUGGAAUUAGGACGAUAAAUAGUACAAACUCUGGCUGUAUCAAGCAAACUGUUAAAAUCUUUUUUUUUCUGUUUCCCAACUUGGAAAUCGUUCAAAUCCACUUUCAGAUCAGGUGAAUAUAAUCUAACCUUACAGGCACUCAGUUGCAAUGAUUGCUGUUUGAAUUUAUAGUCCUUUUUAAAAGGAAGACGAUUGUUUUCAUUUUUAACUAUCACAUAUCAGAAAGAGGCUGUGAUCUCAUUAAAUAUUUUAAAGAAACAAAUUAAUCCAUAAUAAGGCCUGAAUCAUUGUUGUCUUGAAAUCUAUUGUACAGUAGGUCUCAAUAUUUAUUAUUUUCUUGUUUUGUUUGAAUCACAGAUACUGGUGUACAUGCAUCUGGUAAUAUUUCAGUUGAAUAUUAUAUAAAGAAAAAGACAAAGCCCAGUUUUAUCCAAGUUAAUUACAUGUAUUGGUUUAUGUAGGAAAAUUAUGUUUGCCAAUUUUUUUUUGUGUAUAAAGUGAUUAAUUUUGAUGUAAACAUUUCCUAAAUGCGAUUAUCGUCCUUUUAAUAGGUCUGUAUAUUCUCCUUGUAUACCACCAGGUCAGCUCAGCGCUCCGGGUUUAAGUCACAAAUAGACAGAUAUGAGAAUCAGUAAAUUCAAGGCACGGUUGUAUAUCCUAAAAUUGAGGUCGUUUGGUAGUGCUUUACAAAGAGGUGACAGAAAGGACACCUGUUUUAUUCAUUAUUUAUUUUUUCCAUUAUAGUUAUAUCUUUUUUUGGCUGCUGGGAUGCCAUUUUAAAUUGUUGUGUCAAUUUAAUAACAGACUUGGAUCGUAUGUGAUGAGAAGGCAAACUCAGUGAAAAACCACUUUUGUCAGAUUUCAACUUGAUUCAGAUACCUACCAUGUCGCGCUGAAUCCUUAUUUUGCAAAUCUGUGGCUCUGUUUAAGUGAGAGUGGCAUACCAGCGUAGACAACGCCAUGUAUGUCAUCACCAGUGGAAUGGUUUCAGCUUUUCUCGUUCAAUGGCGCUUAAACUGCAACAGUCUGUCUGUUGUGCCAUCUAUGUCAUUUAAUCUAUUUACAGCAUUUUCUGGUUGUGAAUUUUUCUGGCGUCGUUGAGUACAAAAUAUCCGGCUCGUAAGUGACUUCGUCAAACACGCGGACGCGCCACAAUUUGCAGGCUCACAUUAGAUGAUCGCUGCAGUUGCGCGUUAACUUCCGGUUCCAUAGUUCCAUGUAAACGGCGAUCAAUGCUUACAUGGAGGACUAAAAACACAUCCCUCCAUGAUGAACGUAACUCUGUGUGAAGUGCAUGUGCAGUGGGCGUGGUUUAAAUGGAAGUGACGUCACACUUACGAACCGGAUUGCCUAUCUUCCACAACUACUGAAACGUCAGACUACCUAAAAGUGUCAAGGGUUGUGUUGGUUUGUUGCAGUAAAUUUGUGCUGCAGACAUUAUUGGUAUUAAUUGGAGGGAAAAAAACACUCAUUUGAACAUUUUAGUAAAAGAUUUCCAGCCUGUUAACCCAAUGGUGUAUGAUUAUAUAGGUAAGUGAAGAUUGCAGUUUGGUAAAAAUAAUUAAAACCAUUUCACUGGCCAUUGAAAAUGCUUUGAAAAUGUCAAUUUUCUGACAUAUUUGUUUCUUGUGAUUGUUAGGUUCUUCAGUUGCACCAUAUAAGGCAUGUGCUGGCCAUGAAUAUACAAAAUACAGAUGGAAAUGUAUUGUGCUUUGGAGGUAUGUUUCUAAUUAUUGUAAAUUGACCUGAAAGGUACUGUGCCACUACCAAACUCCAAUAUUAGAGGGAUCUAGCAAACUUAGCUUAGCGUAGGCAACAGUCAUGUGUUAAUGCAUUAUAGAUUAUCAUACCAUUUUUGUAGCAAAAAUUGCCAGACAUACACUAAAUAAAAACGAAACUUGAAAAAUUGA